AUGGCUAAAUUUGCAAUCAUCACGUACUCGACAUACGGCCACAUCACCACGCUGGCCAAAGAAGUUGCCAAGGGUAUCGAAGCCGCUGGUGCUGAAGCAGAGGUGUUCAGAGUGCCAGAGACUUUGUCCAAGGAUGUGCUCGAGAUAAUUCAUGCGCCUGAAAAGCCAGACGACAUCCCCGAAAUUAAGGCUGAAGACCUCACUAAGUACGAUGGUUUCGUUUUUGGAUUCCCCACCAGAUACGGUGCAGCUCCUUCGCAAAUCACCUCGUUGUUCGACUCUACCGGAGCCCUGUGGGCCACCGGUGCACUGUACCAUAAGCCAGCUGGAUUCUUCACUUCUACCGGCACUGGUGGAGGCAAAGAGACCACCAUCAGAAACACAUUGAGUUUCCUGUCUCACCAUGGUAUGAUCUACGUGCCAUUGGGCUACGCCAAGGUGUUCCCAGAGAUUACCAGUGUGGAAGAGGUCCAAGGAAGCUCGCCUUGGGGUGCUGGUACCAUUGCUGGUAGCGAUGCAAGCAGAGAACCGACUGCACUAGAAUUGAAGACAGCCUACAUACAGGGUCAGGAAUUCGCCGCAGUGGCCACCAAACUCGCUGCUCCACUCGAGACUGCUGCCACUGAGGUGGCCGCCGCAGCAGGCGAGACCUCCGAAUCUGCUCCUGCCGAAGAAAAGAAAGCAACUGCCGCUGAGUCUGAAGACGUUAAAAAGCCAGAGACCAGUGCAUCUGCCGCAAAGUCGAGUGAGAAGUCCGGCUGCUGCGUGAUCGUUUAG